GGACAACAGGCCAACCAUUGAGUUUCUCUCUCGGCGACACAAAGUUCGGCUUCCAGUUUUAUUAUAUUUCAGUGGUGGCCACACGCCUUAAGUCCUCCAGCAGUCCAAUUCACAGGGCAAAUUUUUUACAAUUUAGGGCUUUUUUUUGCCGUCUUUUUGGGGGCCCCCAAAAACAUUUAUAAAUUCAAUAAAUGAAUUUUAAAGUGUAUAGUAGUGUAUAAAAUCAGAAUAAUGCCGUACCAUGUCCGUGCUUGUUUUUUGUGUGAAUCUAAUUCAAAAAGCAAUAAGGACAUUUCAUUUCACCAGUUUCCAAAAAAUCCGAAUAUACGUAAAAAAUGGAAAUAUGCUUGUGGAUAUAAGAAGAAAAAAGUAUCAAAUCUAUUUUUAUGUUCACUGCAUUUCACAAAUAUACAAAAAAGAGUCUGGCCAAUGACCGGAAAAAUAACUCUAGAUCCUAGAGCGAUUCCUGCAGUCUCUGUACCAAAUCCACCUCAAGAACUUUUUGCAAAUCAGCCUAUUUUACUCACAAGUUCAAAGUCUUCAGAGUCUGACGGAAAUCAGUGUAAAUUCAUUAAUAAUAAGAAAACCAUUGAACCUGAUCUACAGAUCAAAAUUGUUGAUAACAUCGUCUCAUCAGCCAGCUGUUUAGAAACAAAUGAUAUACAUACAAAUGAUAGUAAUACUUCAGCUUAUAAUAGUGAACCAUACCCAAAUAAUCAAGUGUCUUGCACAUCUAACUAUUCAGACCUUUUUCAAUAUACCAAAAAUAUAAUGAAAGGAAGUCCAACAAAAAUUAAUCGAGAUACUGAUAAUAAUAAUGAUGCCUUUGUAUCUACAAUACAAGUUGGUAAAGAAAAUGAUGAACAUAAAAAUGAGAAAGACAUGUUAUUGAACACUUCGGAUGACACUGAUAAUAACAUUAUCCGAAAUGAACAUGCCUAUUCAGCUUCACGAAAACGUCGGUUUUAUGAGCCUCGUUUUCCUUCGGAAAUCCAAUAUGAAGAUUUUUUGCAUAGUCCAAGAAAAAUAAGGCGAAUGAUAAAUAUGAUAAUCAAGACAGAUAAAAAAAAAUCUGAAGAAAUCAACAGGUUGAAGAAACAGAUUAAGUAUUAUAAAAAAAAAUAUGAAGGUUUUCGAAGUAUGAUAACAGAUUUAAAAAAAGAGAAGUUGAUUACUUAAAAAACUGGAAAGUCAGCGACAGUAAUGUGUUAAUUUCAUUGAAUAAUUUUUCUCCUUUAAUAGAACCGAAGUGCUUUUUUUUUUCUCGCUUUUUGAACAAUAGAAAAACACUUCUGGUAUACGGGGAAAAAAAUAAUAAUCUACCAGGAAUUAAUUUUACCAGCAAAAUAACUAAUUUUUUUACAUUGAUGCUGUGGUAUGCGAAUCAGUUCCAUGAUUAUUUAUCAACACACUUUGUUGAACAGUCAGUUCUAUACAUUGAUUGUGAUGCUCGUACGUGCCAAUUAGUAGGUUGUAAAAUGCUACUUUGGAGUAAAUUGAAAAAUCGAGGUCCAUAUGUAACCCCAUCUGAAGAUGUCCGCACAAUCUUCUAUUUGUGAAAUAUUAGAAAAAAUCUUAAAUGCAAUAUACAAUAAAUAUUUUAAAAUGAUUCUUGUUAAUAAAUUUUUUUGUCAUAUUUGCAUUCGAUUCGAUAAUAAAUCAAUUAAUGAACAUAUUUCAAGUCAAGAAAUAUAUUCGAUACCCGGGAAAAACGGUUUGUACUUUGUAUACAACCAAACUCAUACAGUUGUAUAUCGCCAUUUUCUGUAUACAAAUUUAUAAAGUUGUAUACAGUUGUAUACAACCAUAUAUGAAAUUUAUAGAUUAAAUUUAAAAAUAGUUGUAUGCAAACAUAGAUAGUUGUAUACAAGUUUAUGACGUCCAAAAUUUUAUAAAUUUAAUUAAAAAAAAUACUUUAUGAUUGUUUAAACGGUUUAAUUUUUUUGUUUAUGAAUUGAGUGAUUUAGACUAAGAACAAUCAAUGAAUGGCGAGUCAUAAGUUGGCCAGUUUUUAAUGUGCUACCGAGUUGUAUAUAAUUUUAUAAAUUCAUAUAUAACCAUAUAUAUAUUUAAAUAUAUACAGUUGUAUAAUAUGUCUAUAUAUGUUUGUAUACAACUAUAUAUUAUUGUAUACAAGAUUAAUAAACUAAGCUAUCAAGUUGCAUGGCCGUUGUAUAUGAUUGUAUAUGGUUGCAUACAAACCGUUUAUACCUCAUAUAUAAGUUUAUAUAUAAUUGUAUAAAUUUAUAUACAACUAUAUGGUUGUAUACAAAGUCGCUAAAAUAGUCAACUUUCCAUAUAUGCUUCCAUAUAUGAUUGUAUAUAGUUGUAUAUGGUUGUAUAUGAUUGUAUAUGGUUGUAUAUGAUUGUAUAUGGUUGUAUAUGGUUGUAUACGGUUAUAUACAAACCGUUUUUCCCGGGUAGCCAUUUGUACUCAGUUGUGUAAAUAUUUUAAUGUUAAAUUAUUCAG